AUGGAAAGUUUUAUAGACUUGACUUAACUUGAGCCAAUACCAUAUAAAAAUACUAUUGCUGUAUUGAAUGAAUACAUGCUUUAGAAUAUUGACUUUUUAAACAAGUAUAAUAUACUACCAUAAUUACAGAUUCGGACAUUUCAAUGAAAACAAAUUAUUUGAAAUGGAAGUAGUUCUGGAUGAGAUUGAGUCGAAAGUGCUAUUAUUAGAAAAGAAACUAGAAUCAAUUCCACCAGAAUUCUUUAAUGGUUUAGUUGUACCUCCUUUAUAAUAAUAAUAACAAGUAGCAUAACCUCAGGCUGUAGAACCUUAAAGUNAAUGGAAGGUAUUGGAAUCUUUAAAUGGAAAGAUAAGGAAUAUGAGGGUGAAUGGAAAGAUAGCAAGAUGAAUGGAUAAGGAGAAUUUAGAUGGAAUGAUGGUAGAAAAUAUAUUGGAAGUUAUAAAAAUGAUAAAAAAGACGGUUAUGGUGAGUUUAAUUGGCCAGAUGGUAAAUAUUAUAAAGGUUAAUGGAAAGAUGGAAAAUAGCAUGGAAUUGCUCUUUAUAAAGGUAAAGACAUGCCUAAUGAAAGACAAUGUUAUUUUGAAGAAGGUAAACGAACUAAAUGGAUAGAAUGA